UGCCCAUGCAGUGCUCAUGCUUCCAGGUGCUGGUGGCGGCGCUGGCGCUGGUGGCCGGCUUGCAGCUGCUGUACUUGGCCCUGCUGUCGGGGCUGCAUGGGCAGGAUCAGCGGUCCCGCUAUGCAGAGCUUUUCCAAGGGCGCCAGUCCUUGCCCAGCGACGGGCACAAGGAGAGACUCAAGCAGGUGCUGGCCAGCCGGGGCAGCCUGGAUGCCAGCGGGCAGUACCGCAUCUACCAGGACAUGUUGCGUGGCACCUGGGAUGGUGAGCGCAGCCAGGAUGUGGUGCUGGUCACCCACACCAGCCUCAGCAACUUGCAUCAUGCUCAGCAACUGGUGGAACGCUGGAGAGGCCCGCUUUCCGUGGCCCUUUUUGCUCCCAGUUCCACCGAAGUCCGCCUCGCCACAGCGAUGGUAUAUGCGCUAGCAGCCCUAUGCGCACCCAUCCGUCAGCUGGUUCGUCUCCAUCUGGUGUGCCAUGUCGAUCAAGUGGCUGCCUUCCCUGAGCUAGACGAUCAUGAUGAAUUUGCCCGGCUCCAAGCCUGUGGCGAUGUCUUCACCAAGCUGGCACGGGUAGGGGCUGGGCAGCGUAAUUAUGCCAUGGAUGUUGUGAACGCUUCCUAUCCCAAUAACCUGCUUCGCAACGUGGCACGGAGAGCUGUCGGUGGGCACUGGAUGCUGGUGGUGGAUGUGGACAUGGUGCCCAGCGAGGGGCUACGGGAGGCCUUUCUGGCACUACCCAGAGUCGCUGAUGAGGGGAUUCCAGGGGUCCUCGUUGUGCCCGCUUUUGAGAUCCGCCAUACUCGCCGCAUCCCUGAAACCAAAAUGGAGCUGCUGCAGCUGUACCAAGUGGGAGAGAUCCGGCCUUUCUAUGAAGAGCUUUGCCCCAGAUGCCAAGCACCCACCAACUACUCCCAUUGGCUGAAUCUUCCGGUGGGCAGCCCCCUACGUGUGGCCUAUGAAGUGGAGUGGAGGGACCCAUGGGAACCCUUCUACAUUGGUGCUAGUUCUGUGCCCCCCUAUGACGAACGCUUCAAGCAGUAUGGCUUCAACCGCAUCAGUCAGGCUUGUGAGCUCCACGUGGCUGGGUACCGUUUCUUGGUGCUCAGCAACGCGUUUCUGGUGCACAAGGGCUUCAAGGUGGCCAGUGAGUUCCAUGCGCAAAAGGAUGCUGAGAACCAGCGCAACAAGGUGCUCUUUCGACAAUUCAAGCAGGAACUCAAGAACAGAUACCCCACCUCGCCAAGGCGGUGCUGA